CUGAGUUGUCCGAAACGGGCCCGAUCUCUAGGCAGCGCAUACUUGAGUUUUUGUUAAGUGUAAUAAGACCCGCUGCUAUGACCUAACAGAGAUCAACUUAACGAGCUUGAUUUAGUAUUUUUGGCUUCUUCUUCUAUUGACACACAUUUUUGUCAUUCUUUCUGGUUCUUGAUUUUUGCUGUACAAUUUUGAAGAUUUUUAGUAAAUUAGGGUUUUGUAGGGGUGAUAAUGGAGGAAAUUACCGAGAAGGAACCUAUACGUGUGGCAUCUGAUGAAGUAUCAACCCAAUUCAAAACCCUAAUCAACAAUGACGAUAUUGAUUCUCUGAAACAAUCACAAAAUCUCAUAUUGGGAAGGCUACAAGACAGUAAUGCAAUACUAUCACAUUUUAAUGAUUAUUCAGAGCGUUGCUUUGCUCAAGUUGCUCCUGAUUUCAAUAGGAAUACACGGCUCUUAAGCUCCAUGAAGGCUGAUCUUGAUUACAUAUUUCUCAAGCUAAGAAGUAUGAAGGGGAAAAUUGUAGCUACCUAUCCUGAUGCGUUUCCGGAUGGUUCCGCAACUAAAAUCUUAGAUGAAAGACCAGAUUUAGAAAGACCUCAGUGAUAAACCGUCUUUCUGAGAACUGCUAAAGCAAAGACAUCGUUUUCUAGCAGAUUAUGUGAAGUGAAAUGUGCAUAAGAUUCUUCUGCUUGGUUCCUAAGGAGUUUUCGUGGAUCCACCUUUGGAAAAGCAAAUUACAGCUUGGAAUAGAUUAUUGUUCUCUAGUUAUUCAUUUAAUGUCCUUAAAUUGGAUAGAAUCAUGUAAGAAUUUCUGUAAAUUAGUAACAUAAACAAAAGGAUAUAUAACGAGACAAUGUAACUCAUUUCUUGAUUGUUUGGCUUGUGGGGAAUCUUGGGAUGUAUUUUUCACUUCCUUGAAUACUUUAUAUGUAUGACAGUUUGUAGGAUGUGCUUGCAUUUUUACAUUGAAGAUGCCAAAAAUGAUGUAAUUGUAAUUUGAGUGCAGUAAAAUCGCCUUUGUUGUUUCUGGAAAGAAAGGAAUUUGAAAUGGAAAAUCAGACGAGUCUUUUUUUCUUCCA